CGCGCCCGCGCGCGCCCCGCCGCUGUGCCUGCGCAGUGCUCACCAGCGCGGGCGGGGGGGAGGCCCGCGCGACAGCGGUGGGCAGCGGCAGGCGGGCCCGAGAACCGCCCCGCGGGGGGCGCCAAACCGCAUACGGCGCCCGGAGCGGCCCGGGCCCACCCUUGCCGCUUGCCGCGCGCGAUGAUGGGCCCCAGCGCCGAGGCCGCCGAGGUGGGCACCGUCUGCGUCACUGGCGCGGCGGGGUACCUGGCGGCCCACGUCGUUAGGGGCUUGCUGGAUCGGGGGCACCGCGUCCGGGGCUCUGUCCGGUCGCUGGGCGACCAGGCUAAGACGGCGCCCCUCCGCGCCCUGCCAGGGGCGGCGGAGCGGCUGGAGCUGGCGGAGGCGGACCUGAUGGAGCCAGCGGGCUUCCCAGCGCUGCUGAGGGGCUGCCGCACGCUGAUCCACACCGCGACGCCGAUCCGCGGGAGGGGGGACGCAGGGGGAAAAUAGAGAGUCGGGUGUAGGCAGAACCCCACCCUGACACGUCGAUUAGUGAAUUGUCC